CCCCCCCCCCACUCUCUCUCUCAACCUCGCGCCACUGCUCUGCGCCAUUUUCCCGCGGGCGCAGUCGCCGAGCGGACCCCGCGAGCCCGGGACCCCCGGACAGCAGCCAGGGGGCCCAGACCCCCGAGCCCGACCCACAGGGAUCCCUUCCCGAGAUCGGGGAACCGCCCCCCCCCCUCCCUCGCCACCACCACAACAAAAGCAGGGACCUUGCAAGCAGCAGCCCUUGAUACCCCCUCAGCGUAAGACAAAGCGGCGAGCCCCCUUUUCUCUGAGGCGAACCUUAGGGGAUUCAGGGACCCCCCCUCCCUUACCCCCCCCCCCGAAGAGGGAACCCCCGAUAUGAGGGGGCUGUACCCCAGGAUGCUGCUGCUACCCCUGCUGCUGCUGGGCGCGGUGACAGCGGAGGAACAAAGCCGCGAGUCUCAGGAUGAGGAUGAAGAGGGCGCAUGUGUGCCCGGGUUCUCCCGGCGCACAAACCUCCGUCCGGGCACCCACACCCUGCGGCCCGGCCAGCUGGUGCUCAAAGUGCCAUUUGAGAGCUGCGGCGAGGCCGUGGAGCUGAGCGCCAACGACCGGCGCUUCACGCUGGAGGCCGAUGGCAGCCUGCGUGCCGCACGGACCCUGCGCCUGUCCCGCCGGCCCCUGCACCUGACGGUGAGGGCCCGUGCCGUCGGCAGCGGCCGCACCUGGGAGAGCCCUGUCAAGCUGGUGCCGGGCAAGGCCAAGCGCCGUUCCAAGAACAAGGGAAAGCACGGGGGGACGCCCAAGCAGGAGAUGGAGGAGAUGGAGCGCGAGGAGGAGGAGCACGAGGAGGCGGGCGUCGGCGCUGCGGGGGAAGAGGAGGCGGCGCACGGAGACGACGGCAGCGUGCUCAUGUUCCACCAGCUGCGGCGCGGCAAGCAGCACCGGCAGAAGCGUGGCUGGGUCAUCCCGGCGAUCAACGUCCCCGAGAACGACCGCGGGCCCUUCCCCAAGCAGCUGGUGCAGAUCAAGUCGGACACGCACGGGGAAAUCCGCUACAGCAUUGUGGGGCCCGGCGCCGACCAGAACCCCAUGGGGGUGUUCAUCGUGGACCCCGUGACCGGGCGCCUCUCGGUCGCCAAGACCCUGGACCGUGAGCUCAUCGCAGAGUAUCUGCUCAAGGGCCACGCGGUGGACAUGAACGGGCGUCCGGUGGAGAGCCCCGUGGACCUCGUCAUCAACGUCAUCGACAUGAACGACAACCGGCCCGAGUUCGCCACGCCCGUUUUCCAGGGCUCCGUGGCUGAGGGCUCCCCACCAGGCACGCCGGUGAUGACGGUCACGGCGAGCGACAAGGACGACGCCUUAUCGGCCAACGGCAUGAUUCGCUACAAGAUCAUGUCGCAGGUUCCCAAGAUGCCCUUCGACCACAUGUUCACCAUCAACAACGCCACGGGCGUCAUCAGCACCAUUGCCGCCGGGCUGGACCGCGAGAGGACGCCGCAGUACAUGCUGGUGGUGCAGGCCUCGGACAUGGAGGGUGACCCGAACAUCGGCCUCACGAACACGGCCACCGCCAUCGUCACCAUCACCGACAAGAACGACAAUGCCCCCGAGUUUACGGGCAGAACCUUCAGCGGCACGGCGCGCGAGAACGCGGUGAACGUGACGGUGACGACGCUGACGGUGACGGACAUGGACGAGCCCGGCACGCCGGCGUGGCGCACCCGCUACGUCAUCCGUGGCGGGGACCCCGGCAAGAACUUCGCCGUGGAGACCGACCCCCGCACCAACGACGGCAGGCUCUACGUCGUCAAGCCCCUGGACUUUGAGAACUCGUCGAAAUACAACCUCGUCAUCGCUGCGGAGAACGAGGUGUCGCUCGAGAGCGCUCAGUUCGGACCGGCAAGCACUGCGACCGUCACCGUGACGGUGGAAGACGAGAACGAGGGGCCGGUGUUCGAGCCGCUGCGGCGCGAGGUGAAGCUCGCCGAGGGCCUCCCCGUGGGCCAGCACGUGACCAACAUGGUGGCGCGUGACCCCGACAUCGCGCAGAGGCAGACCGUGCGCUACAAGAAGCUUUCUGUGCCGGGCGACUGGCUGGACAUCGACCCCGUGAGCGGCAAGGUGACCACGGCCGUGGUGCUGGACCGCGAGGCGGCCCUGGUGCAGGCCAACACCUACACGGCCACCUUCCUGGCCACGGAUGACGGCAGCCCCGUGGCGAGCGGCACGGGGACGCUGGUGCUGCUGCUGUCGGACGUCAACGACAACGCCCCCAUUGUGUGGCCCGACGAGGCCACGGUGUGCGACGUGCGGGGCGGCACCGUCAACGUCACCGCCAGGGACGCCGACGAGGACUUCAACGGCAGUCCCUUCAGCUUCCAGCUGCCGCCCGGCAACCCCGACCCCAACAACAACUGGACCAUCCACCGGGUCGACGGCAGCAGCUCUCAGCUGCGCAUGAAGGUGGCGCUGCCGGAGGGCCUGUACUUUGUGCCGCUGCUCAUCUCGGACUCGGGCAACCCGGCGAUGAGCGCCGUGUCGGAGCUCGAGGUGAAGGUGUGCGCCUGCGAUCAGCACGGCGACUGCGUCAACCGCGCCGCCAUCGCCGCCGCGGGACUCGGCACCGGCGCCAUUGUGGCCAUCCUCCUCUGCCUGCUGCUGCUUCUCAUCCUGGUGCUGCUCUUCGUCGUGUACAAGAGGCGCCGCGACAAGGACCGCGUCGCCAAGCAGCUGCUCAUCGACCCCGAGGACGACGUGCGCGACAACAUCCUCAAGUACGACGAGGAGGGCGGGGGAGAGGAGGACCAGGACUACGACCCGUCGCAGCUGCAGCACAUGAGCGAGCUGCUGCCGCUGGAGGCGCCGUACGGCAAGGGCCCCGGCGUGCGCCGUCUGGACGAGCGGCCGUCGGUGGCCGAGCCGUGCUACCCGUCGCGCUCGGGGGCGCCGCACCCCAGCGACAUCGGCGACUUCAUCAACGAGGGCCUGCGCACGGCCGACAACGACGCGACGGCACCGCCCUACGACUCGCUGCUCGUGUUCGACUACGAGGGCGCCGGCUCGGUGGCCGGCUCGCUCAGCUCGCUCAACUCGUCGAGCACGGGGGGCGGCGGCGACCACGACUACGACUAUCUCAACUCGUGGGGGCCGCGCUUCCGCAAGCUCGCCGACAUGUACGGCGGCGGCUAUGACGACUGAGACCCCCCCCCCCCUCCCCACCCUGCCCCCCACCAACACCACCUCCUCUCGACCCCACUCUCUCCUCGUUGUCAUCCCCCCCCCCGCCACACCUACCAGCCUUGCCUACCCCAGCGCCGCCCACCCAGCUUCCCUGUCCAGCCUUGGAAACAAACCAACACAAUGCCCCGUGACCGGCCGCCCACCGCACCGCCACCAGCUCCAUCGCCGAUCCGCCAGUCAGCCCGCCUGCCCGCUGGCGGCAAUUCUAAUUUUGGAGGCCACGACUUUUUUUCUUCUUUCGGUGGGGGGGAGGUAUAAUCCGAGAGGAGGACGAGGCGACGGUACGUGUAACGACUUCGUGGUACGAGGGCGACGCGGCGAUGGUCGUCCCCCCCCACCCCUCCCCCUGGGGGUGCCCGGCCAGGGGAAAUCUGCGUCGGUUCACGACGUCGGGGGGAGGGGGGGGGGAGUGGGCGUGCUUGCGGCGACGCGAUUCCAGAUCUCCAGGUACGGAUGAAGCCGAUCCUGCGUCGCGUUUACGAUGUGCUUAGAAAUUCACGGACAGCUUAUUCGAAAGUCGGCGUCGCGACCUUGGACGAGAGGUUCCUUAUCGACGAAUUGGCGAUGCCGAACGUUGGUUUGAGACGAAACCGGGCCGGCCUGCCCACCCGCAAGUUAAACCGCAAAAACCAUGGUCGCCAGUUAAAAAGGGUGAGUAGGGCCGGGUGAGUGGGGGGGGGGGGCCGGGGGGGGGGCGAGCGAUUUCAAGCGAGCACCGUCGCUAACACUCCAGUUGGUACGUCGGAGCGACUCCCCCAAGCGACGGUGCCCGUGGGUUCCCAGGUGACCCCCACCCCCCCAACUCUAAUCAUAGUUAAGUCCCCCCCCCCCCCCUGUACUCCACGACUCCAGCCUCAUAAACCAUCGUCGGCUGAGACGAUGACAUCUCAUCCCAAAUUCCCCCCCUCCCGCCAACCCCCUCCCCUCUUGACCUCUUCCACUCCCCUCCCCUCUUACCCCACCCGCUGCCAGUUUAGUGGCAGACUCCGGUCACCACAAGCGGUGGAUCGAAAAUGAGUUAGGAUUUUUUUUAUUGGGCCGUACCACAUCCCACCCAUAAAAGGGGGGUGGGUCGGGAAAGGGUUAGGGUCGUGCCACUUUUAAGAGAGAUGGGAUCGGGCUGUACCAACCAAUCACUUCACCCAGGGAUGGGGGGGGGGCUCAACCGUGAGUGGUUGCCAGCAGGGGGUGAUGUGCAAGUUGCACUACGCAACCCCCUGCGUUUUGAAUGGUACGACCAAUCACUUUUAGGCGGUGGGGGGGUGGGGGCCGCGAGCAAUGCGGCCCCCCCCGCCCCGUUUUCCGCGCUGUAAGCUUUAUAAUAAAUUAGCGUUAAUUAAACACACUUAAGAAAAAUAAGGUGAGAGCGAGAGGGAAAGAAAAUACAAAAAAAAUAUUGAAAAAAAAAACAAUGUUGAUUUGAGCUUGGCUUCGGUAGCUGUUAACUCGACAAGUACAAAUUAAUUUAAGUGCCUUUUUGGGUUCAGCAUUGAGCGCCGGCGCAGCACAGCAGCCGUGCCAGGGGGCAUGGGGGGGGGGGUAGCUGGCCGUGGCAGCAACCGCGCCCCGCGGAGACGGAACCGAGUGCGGUUACAGAACCAGGCGGAACCGCACGGUGACGUAGCCGCCACGGUGAUGUACCCGCGGCGACGUAAAACCAUGGUGAUGGAGCCGCGCGUGGCGACGUAAACCACGGUGACGGGGUAACCACGGUGACGGGAGCCACGCGCCGACACCGAUUGGACCGUGGUGCUAUAGACCCUCGCAUCGUAAUGGAACCACACUUGGUGACGGAACCGCUCUCGCGGUUACACAACCACCACCCCCUCCUAUCGAGACUCGCAGAGCUCCAACCAGCGCCAUGCGCAGCGCACGAUUGAGUGGGUGCAUGCGUGCGAGUGAGUGCAUGAGAACGAGUGGGUGCAUGCGUGCGUGCGAACGAGUGAGCCGAGUGUGCGUGUGUUGCAUCGGCGUGCGAGAACCUUUACGUGUGGGUGCGCGUGUAUUUGCGGCGAGUGGGAGCUCGACGAACCGUGCAAAGACCCGAGUUUGGAUUUCCGCUCACGGCCAACACCAGCGGGAGGAUAUCUGAACCGGUACUAGAACUCCCCUAGGUCGACUCGGCUUCAUGAGUAACCGCUGCGACAUGUUAAACAUCGCCACUCGGGGUACAAAGGCGUGGAUCCGGCCACCCACCCUUUUUCGGGUGCCGUGCCGCCCUUAAUGGGUGCUCGCUAACAUCCCUUGCCCCAACUGUCCGUUUAGGCUGUAGGGGGGGAUCUUUGUCCAUUAAUCUGUGUGCGUGUGGGUAAGCUUGGGUGUGCGUGUGGGUAAGCUUGGGUGUGCGAGUGUUUACGUUAAUGUGAGUGCUGAGGCGCGUGUGUGUGCGUGUGCGAGUGUUUACGUUAAUGUGAGUGUGCUAGAGGCGUGUGCGCGUAAGAGCUCGUGUUUGUGUGUGCGCGGGGUUGUA